AUGGCGACACCGAGCGCUGGGGAGCUGGCUCAUCGCGCUGAUCCUCGCUCCGGCUGCCCGGCCGCCGGCGUCCGGGUCCGGCUGCAGUCAGCGUGGAUGGCUCCCCUCGCUUCCUGGGCGGCGCAGGGAGCAACCGAUGUCCAAGGUGGGCACCUGCCCGGACGGAGAGCGGCCCCGCUGACGCACGUGGGAGGACACGGCGAGGCCGGGGAGUGGAGGAAGACGUGGGCUCGGGGUUAG